UGAGAAUGAUUAAAGUUUUCAUGAAUAAUGAAAUCAGCCGAAAUUUAAUUUUCGAAAAAAUAAUUAUUUUUUCUAAUUUAGUUACAACAUUCAUUUGACAAUAAAGUAUAUGUUUUGAAUAAAUACAAAGAAACUCCCUUCUUAAAUUCAAAUGCUUAUAAAUCAACCGCUUCGGGCAUGUAUUGUAUAAAUAAACCUUGAAGUAAUGAAAACACGUGAAUAACUGAAUAGUAGGCGGACCGCGGAGUUACGAUACUGAAAAUAUGAAACCGCAGAACGCCGAAACAAUCAUGGCACCCGCAAUCCUAGUGACGGGCGGGGCGGGCUACGUCGGCUCGCACACCGUGAUGUCUCUGCUUGAACGUUCAGAAUCAGUGGAAUUCGAAAUAGUUGUAGUAGACAACCUCACCAAUGCAUACAGAUCUGAUGGCCAAAAAAAACCAGAACCAUUGAGAAUUAUAGAAGAGAUGACUGGGAAGAAGAUACACUUCUACGAACUCGACAUCCGGGAUAGAGAAGGAUUGAAUAAGAUAUUUGCCGCUCACAGUAUCGAAUGCGUGAUCCACUUCGCGGCGCUCAAGGCUGUGGGUGAAUCCGUCGAGAAGCCGCUGGAAUACUACCAGGCAAACAUAUCUGGCACUUGUACGCUAUUUGAGGCAAUGCGUAAACACGGCGUGUACAAGCUAGUGUACAGUUCUUCGUGCACCGUGUAUGGAGAGCCGGAGAAGCUGCCGCUGGACGAGUCUCAUCCCACUGGCCAGGGUCUGGCGAGCCCAUACGGCCGGUCCAAGUUCUUCUGCGAGGAGAUUAUGAAAGACCUUUGCAGAAGCGAUCCGAAAUGGAUGGUGAUUUCGUUGCGGUACUUCAACCCGGUGGGCGCCCACCACAGCGGACGGAUCGGCGAGGACCCCACGGGCAUCCCCAACAACCUCAUGCCCUUCAUAUCGCAGGUAGCAGUGGGCCGACUUAAAGAAUUAUUAGUCUUCGGCAACGAUUACCCAACUAUAGACGGCACCGGGGUCAGAGACUAUAUCCACGUCGAGGAUUUAGCCGAAGGCCACGUUAAAGCCAUUAAACUCUUCAAACAGCCCGGCUUCAGUGGUUUCCAUGCUGUCAAUUUAGGCACGGGCACGGGCUACUCCGUGCUGCAGAUGGUGGCGGCGUUCGAGCGCGCCAGCGGGCGGCGCGUGCCGCUGCGCGUGACCGGCCGCCGCGCCGGCGACGUGGCCGCCAACUACGCCGACGUGUCGCUGGCGCUGCGCCUGCUGGGCUGGCGCGCCACGCGCACGCUGGCCGACAUGUGCCGCCACACGUGGGCGUGGCAGAGCGCGCACCCGCGGGGCUUCCGGGACUGCUAGGCGCCCGCACUUUGCGGUCUCAUAUUUGCCAUAUCGCGUCGA